CUAAUAGAAUCUUCAUUGAAAAGUGCAAACACUUGUACUCUUGAUAGAAAUUAUGGGAGGGCUUUUGCCCAUUAUCUUUUAGUGUUGAAAUUGAAUGACACGCUCAAGCAGUCACUUAAAACUGACUUCACCUAUGUAAUGAGAGAAUGGACAGAAGAACUGGAAAGACAAGACAGAAUAGAAGAUCUAUUCAAAUGUUAUGAACAAGCCUGUGAAGUUUUUCCAGAAUGUGAAACUGCCCUUAAUAAUAUAGGAGCUCAGUUAUUUAGACUAGGUUAUAUUGAUGAAGGAGCUUUAUAUAUCAGAAAAGCACUUCGUAUAGCUCCUGAAUAUGUUGCUGCACGUCAGAAUUUAGAAAAUAUUUGCAGUUUUUUGGUGGACAGAUGGCACUUUCGUAUGCUGAAUGAUACCAUCCGAAAUGAAGCCUACAGAAGGGUUAUUAAAGAUGUUGUGUCUGAGGGAAAUAGUUCUAUACUAGAUAUUGGUGCUGGAACUGGAUUGCUGAGUAUAUACUGUGUAGAAGCAGGCUAUAAGAAUAUUUAUGCAUGUGAGAGAUCUAAAACCAUGCAUGAUGUUGCUCAAGAUGUAUUGAAGUUUAAUGGUGUUGAUCAAUAUAUAAAACUGUUGUGUAAGAAUUCAACUGAUCUCAAGAUUCCAUCAGAUAUUCCUGAAAAAUGUCUCUGUCAUUCAGAGUACAGUAUAUUUAGCAAUGGCCCAUUUGUCCAUAUCAUGUUAUUGAUUCGUAAUACCAUAAAUAAGGUGGAUGUUAUAGUAACAGAAACAUUUGAUGCAGGUUUAUUUGGAGAACAUAUUUUAUCUACUCUAGACCAUGCCAUAAAACAACUUGUAACAUCCAACAAGGUGGGUACACUACUUAUACUUCCAUGUGUUAUACCAGCCAGUGCCUCAGUAUAUAUUUGUGCUAUUGAAUCAGAAGCUAUCUUGAACAAAAAUAGAUUUUUGGUAUCCCUCCCUAGGUUCCUUUAUCCAGUUGUUCAGAAUGUUGAUCUACAUGGGAUUUCUAUAAACUGUAAAACAACUAUGGUAGAUGAUGAACCCUAUACAACAGAAGAUCUUUCCAGUAUUCGAGGAGGUUACAUUGAGUUAUCUGCCCCUGUGUGUCUGCUGUCCGUUGAGUUUUGUAAUUCAUCGCAAAUAGAGAAACUUUUGAAUGGUAUCAGCUUGAGAAAAUCUUUGAAAGUUACAAAAACUGGACGUCUUGAUGCUAUAGUUUUAUGGUUUGAUCUUCACCUUGGUAAGGAUGUUACCAUAACAACCAAACCUGAUACUGCUAAUUGCUGGGAACAAGCUUUAUAUCCUGUAAGCAUUCAUAAAGAUAUUGUGAAGAAUUUUUUCUCUUUAAUUUUAAUCCAAUAUCAACUUCACAACAUUCAUCUAGAUGUACAGGAAGGUGGAGAAAUAGUUUUAGAUUGUCAGUUACAAAAUAGUCAACUCAAAAUAAAAUGUUGUGAAAUAGAUAAAGAUUUUAUAUCCAAAAAAGACUGUGAGAGUACAGAUUCCUAUUUAUUUGAACAUUCAGAAAUUCAAAUGUUAAAUGACAUUAGUUCAAACAGAAUCUUUUUUCAAGCAUUAGAAAGAUUACGAUUGGCUAGAAACCUUAAAAAUCUGUCUUUACUGGACAUUUGUCAAGGGUUGUCUCCUCUUGGUCUGCAAUCGGCUAUAUUGGGAUAUUCAGAUGUGUGUGUGUGUUGUGAAGAAGAUAAGAAAGAAUGUUUAAGAAGAUUAUGUGAAGUAAAUGAUAUGAAAGAUAAAGUUAUGAUAAUGAAUCAAGAAGAAUUACGAUGUAGUGAAGAAGGAUAUGAUGUUAUAACGUGUGAUUUGGUCGAAUCAUGUGGGGUGUUUAAACAACAAAUACUAGAGGAGAUAGCAUUAUUAAGAGUAACAUCUUUAAGAGAACAUGGUAUAAUAUUACCAGAAAGAGUUAAAAUCUAUGGUAUUUGUAUAGAGUCUAGUGAUUUAGUAAAAGUCAGUCGAGUUAUCAGUGAUCAACAAACAUCAGGCUAUCAUAUAGCACAGUUUAUUAAUGAUUUUCAGAGUACCUCACAUGUGGAGAUUGAUCUUCAUACACUAAAACAUACUAAAUUAUCAUCAGCUUUCUUAUUAUUUGACUUUUCUUUAAACCUUGAUCAAGAAACAAAUCAACCGGCAUCAUUCUUAGAACAGACUAGCUCUGUCAGUGUAAAUAUCAUAGAAUCAGGAACAUUUACAGCUAUAGUAUACUGGUUUGAAUUUGUGGUACUGGAUGAACUUAAGAUAUCUAGUCUAGAUUAUACCAGUCACUGGAAACAAGCAGCUAUAAUGGCGAAAUCUGAGGUCAAUGUGAAUGAAGGUGAAAAUCUAAAUCUGAUAUUUAAUUUAGAAAAUAGUUGUGUUGAAUUA